AUGUCAUUAAAUCAAACAAAACAUGCGCAGGUGCCAUUUGUGAAAACCUCAUUGGUAGACGUCACCAAAAGGUUGCCUUUCAAGCCCCCUUGUAAGAUCUUUUUUAAGAAUGAAUAUGAACAGCCAUCCGGAAGUUUCAAACUAAGGGGAAUUAGCCAUUUGAUAGGCACAAAGGUUGAGGAGAUUCGUGCUAAAUCUUUGGGUACAAAAAUCCACGUGUUUGUGUCCAGUGGUGGAAAUGCUGGUCUUGCGGCAGCAUACCUGGCACAAUUCUAUGGAAUAGAGUGUACAGUGUGUGUCCCUAGUCAUACUAAACAAGUUAUUAUAAGCAAGCUUGAGACAUAUAAUGCCCACGUUCUCAUCUUUGGCAAUUCUAUUAAUGAAGCGGAUGGGUACUUACGUUCUCAGAUGAUUCUUCUAAAUGACUCAAUCGAGAAGAUAUACUGUCAUCCGUUUGAACAUGAGUUAAUAUGGGAAGGACAUUCAAGUCUUGUGGACGAAAUAUGUGCCUCCAAUUUACCUCAAGAUAAGCUCAAGGGUAUUGUUUGUUCCAUUGGAGGUGGAGGCUUGUACAAUGGGAUAUUAAUGGGAUUAAAGGCUAAUAAGGUGAAAGCCGAUGUUCUUCUCGUUGAGACUACUCAAGCACCCACUUUUGCGGAAACUAUAAAGAAAAAGAAGAUAUUUACUCUAGAUUCAGUGAAGUCGUUGGCUACGUCUUUGGCAUGCUCUUAUUUAUCCAAGCAGAGUCUCGAUAACUAUUUGCAUCAGGAUGACAAUAACAGGACUAAAUUCCAAUCAAUAGACGAUAUCGAUGCUGCCCGUGCAGUUCUUGACUAUCACGAUGUAUUCCAUCAUCUUAUAGAGCCAGCCUGUGGAGCAGCAGUCUGUGUAUGUUUAAGCAGAAUGGAUUUGCUAUUCAAGAAUUUCCCAGACCUCCAUGAGGACGAUAUCAUAGUGGUAGUCGUUUGUGGUGGUUCUUGCACUGAUAAAGACGGGUUGGAAGAGUUGAAACAGAUAGUCAACAGAAGUAAGUUGUAG